GUUCGUUGAAUUAACUCUAAUGGCAGGAAGCCGAUUCUAAGCUUUGCGCAACUCUCCUUUAAUUUUUAGCCAUAGUUUUCAUAAAAUAAUCAAUUUGUUUAUCUAAAAUAUUUAUAAAUAUCAUCAAAAAGAUUUUUGUAGAUUAUUUCUCUUUUGAACUGUGCUAAAAAUUUCACAGUUCAUUAAGCACGACAAGAAAAUCAUUGAAUGCAUUCAUUGAAUAAUAUCUUUUACACUGCAGAAAGGUAAUUUAACCUCUUUUUUAAUUAAAAUAAGCUUAUAGAUUUGUAUAUUUUUCCAAAUUAAGGGAAUAAUAGAUUUUUGGUGGAUGUGUAGACUCAAAUUGAGCAAUGGAACUCACUGAAAAUAUUUCAUCUGAAGACUCGCAAAUAGAAAAAAAAAAUUAUAUAUCUACUCGUAAUAAGAGACGUAAAGAUACAUCCCAGUGCCAUACUGAUGAAGAGUAUGAUGCAAAAAAAUCCAAGACGACUGACCAAAAUUGCUGUACAGACGACGAGAGCGAUAAUAGCAAUGCUGAAGAUGAUGAAGACAUUUGCAUAGACCAAACUGAAACAAACAAAGCUACUGGUAUGAUUUUUAUGCAUCAAUUAAAUUGCUGUUUAUUUCCAUCAAUAGAUGAUCGAGUCAAAAAAUCUGCCAAAGUUGAAAAGGAAAUCCACAAUAAAAAUACAGGUAAGAGUGCGACUGAAGAUGAGGUCUAUUACGACAAAGGUUUGCUUAUAACAGAUGCUUUCCUAGUCCAAAUUAUGAAAAGUCGUAGAAAACGAAGAGCUGUUGACUUCAGAAAAGAAAAGGAAGCAAUUAUUGAUAGCGUGGAUGAUGAAGUGGAGUCCCAUAUUAGUUUUGAAAUAGACGAACGAGUCAAAUCUGCUAUAGCCCAGAAAAAUAGUAAUAACGAUGGAAUAUCUUCCAAAGAAACCCAAUCCGAAACUGAAAGCAAUGAACAUCUUCUGAAAUGCCCUCGUUUUCGAACUGAUUUAUUGAAAGGAAAAUCACUCUCAAAACUUUGCACUGAUGAAUUUAUGGAUAAUUAUUUCUUUAGUUUAUCUUUAAAGUAUUCCAGACAAAGGCUGAUUCGAGUGAAGAUUCCAGUUAUUGACAAUGAAGAAUCGUCCAGUUCUACAUUGGAUAUUUCAGACAAGAAAUGCAACGAAAAUGCAAAUUAUAAUGAACAAAAUGAUUCAAAGAUAGUAAAAAGCAAUGCAGUUGCUGCUCCUCAUAAAAAAAGAAAAUUAAACGAUAUAAAUUUAGAUGAAAUAAGAGAGUCUAACUCGGAUGAAGAUAUUAGACCAAAGACAAGAUCUCAGAAGAGAGUUCAUAAAACGCACACUUGUCCUAUAUGUAUGAGAGAAAUGGAAUGUGAUUUUGAAUACUUUCAAUAUCACGCAUCUGAAUGUAGAAUGUAUUAA